AAUCUAUCAUAUGCAAGUUGUUCAUAUUUCUGUCGUAUGGAACCUAGGAAUAGAGAAGUAGACACUGUAGCCAAUGAUAUGGCCUCGACGUCGUCAUCCAUUGGUAGCAGCAUACAUCCCACAGAACCGACAAGCUUGCAAUUCGUCACAUUCACGAGUUUUGACCAGACUACAACCGCGGAAACAAAAAGGAGAGUUCGUAGCCAUGCCCAGCGCCGAGUUCAGGACAGGAGGCGGCAGGAGAAGAAGAAUGGGAUUGCUAAAGAUAUCUCGUCGCUUUCAAACGCAGAUACACUGGGAAGCCUCAACGUAGGCCUAUGCCGCUUAGGCUCUGGUCGUUCAGAUCCAUUCACAUUGUAUCCUAUCGAGAUGAACUUACGAGCCCAUGAGUUAUUUGAUCACUUGCACGGCGACACGUGUCCCAUGUUUAAAACAUUGAACAACAUUGGAUUUUUCAAGACGGUCCUUGAUGAAGCUGCAUUUCGUCAGCUUCUUUGCACAUCAUCAGCGCAUAUGACGAGAUUACGAGAUGAGACUGAAAAUCCAGAAGCUAUUGUCCUAUCUACCCAAGCUAUCCAAUCAGUCAAUAGUAGAAUCACCGAUCCGAUGUUGGCCAUAAGCGAUGGAGUUCUAGUUACAAUUCUUGCAUUUGCAUGCCAUGCUGUAAUGUUUAAUGAUAUCAAAGGCAUAUCAACGCACUUUAAGGGCAUGGAGGCAAUAAUACAGCAAAGAGGAGGCUUGCAAUUUAUAAAGUCCAAUCCGGUGCUAUGUACAGUAAUAUUCUGGGUCGAUGUUAAUGCCGCAUUCUUGCAGGAUCAAGUCCCACGAUUUCCUAUUCCAUACGAUAUACUACCCCAAGCAUACGCUGGCGAGGUUACUUCCCUUUCUGGAUCCAGACUGCUACAAGCUUGUGCCACGAAUGGAAUGAUAUCUGCCAUCCACGACCUCCUUGUCCUAAAUCAAUAUAUGGUGAACAAGGCAGAGGAAAACGAUCUAUGGGACAAUGCUGUCUUUGCAGGACUAUACAUAGUUCCACUUCUAAGUAAACUGCUGACGAUUCGACACAAUGCCUUUGACGCUGCUCUUGCCACCGAAGAAGCCUGCAGGAUCGGCGCCCUCUUAUACCUCUCUGGCAUUCGGCGUAGGUUUGGUAUAACGCUUACAUCUGACAUACAUGUCCAAAAUCUCAAACACGCGAUAUCGGAAGACAAAUCAAGUAACCCAGAUCCGAUUCGCCCAUGGCUUCUCAUAAUCGGCGGAGCCCAAUCUGUCCAACUAGAAGAUCGAGAAUGGUUUGUCUCUGAAACGGCAAAUCUACUUUUGCGUCUCCAAUACAAUACUUGGGAUGAGUUAAUGGCGGCUGUGCGAGGUGUGCUAUGGGUAGAAGGAAUUCUCGAGACUGAGUGCGACCAGUUCCACGCGGACGUCACUAGUGAGGUGUGGAACAAAUAUGGAUUCCUAUUUUCAUAAACACUAGCAACUUAUUUCCAUAUUCAGGCUUUCCCAACCACUACGACCAUCUUUCCCCCGGCAUGGUUUUCAUCCAUCACUUUAUGGGCCUCUGCAAUCUCCUCAAACCGAAACACCCUCACUGGCCUUGCUUUGUAUCGUCCUUCCGCCACCUCAUUUGCAAUUUUCUGCAAUGGCACAUCUGAAAGCGGGAACCCAGGUUCUCCAAAGACGAAGCUUCCAAAGAAGCUGAAAUGCACACCGCUCGGCAUCUGGAGCAGGGGAUUAAAGUCUGGUAUUGGAGCCAGACCCCCUAGAAAGCCAGCUAAGCAGAGAUGGCCACCUCGUUUUAAAGUCGCCAAAGAGUCGAGCAGCACGCUAUUUCCCACGAGCUCCAACACAGCAUCGAUGCUCUUCGUCUCGGGCAAUCUCUUCGACAGUUCGGGGCCUUCCAGUUCGACACGCUUCACGCCUAGUCCUAGUAGCAUUGGGGCUCGAUCUAGGUUUCUAGUUGUGGCGAUGACUUUCGCUCCAGCAUUCACGGCCAGAUUGAUUGCAGCCUGGCCGAAGGAGGAUGUUCCACCACGCACAAGUAGGGUCUGGCCACGCGAGAGCUCCAGAUUUCGAAAUAUACAUGUCCAGGCAGUUGCGUAUGUUUCAGGAAUUGCUGCAAGGUCUUCCCAGCUCAACGAACUGUCGAUAGACGCAACGUUCCCAACCCGCACACGGGUGUACUCGGCGUAGCUUCCUGGGAUAGUCCGGCCCAUUCCUCCCAUUAUCGCAGCUACUUUCGUACCAAUGGCGAAUUCUCCACCUGGGCAUGAAUGGACAACUCCGACGCAUUCGAUACCGCUUACUUCUGCUGUUUCGUUCCAUUCCCCCUUUCGCAUGAACACCUCGGCAUGAUUCAAACCGAAUGCUCGGAUUUCGAUAACGACAUGGCCUGGUAGCGGUUCGGGAAUGGGGAAUUCUUUGAAGAUGUAUGUGGAAGGCUUUCCUGGGUCGGAUAGGGUAAUCGACUUCAUUGUGAGAGAGGUGCCCAGGGUCUGCGUGGUUUGGGUAGGUAGCGCUAAAAAUAAGUUGGUGAUAAGCAACGCUGAAUUGAUG